UUGGUUAUGUACCGAUAACUAGAAAUUCUAGUUGGUGUGGGGGCGGUGUCUGACUGGACGUCACAUGCGAUUUUUGGCAAUUUACGCAGGACGAAUGGAUCGUGACAAUCGCCCAACUGAUUACACUCAUCUUCAAAGACCACACGCCGGAGAAGAUCCAGAAACUUGUGUCGAGCGAGCAGAUGCCAAGCGAAACUCCGCUUCCAUCUCCUUCGGAUGACGACACUGACUCAGGCAACUGCUCUCAAACUUCAUCGUGCAAUUCCGCAACGGAGACGGCGAACAAAAUGAACAAAACUUCCGGCAAAUUUUAUUGGACUCGUAAACCGACGACUACGGGAACGUUCCGCUCAAAAAAGAAGCAUUUGAUGGCUACCAUGAAGACUGCUGAUAAAGAAGAAAUUCCGGAUUUUCAAUCCGGAUACCAGAGGCGGAAGAAAAUUCUGACCAGCCGGCGCAGUCGGGCAAUAGCCCGCCACAUUCAAACCAAGUCUAAAAUCCCGAAUUACACGCCCUCAGAAGACGAAAUUUCCCAACUCUUAAAGGAAUUUACCAUCAAUUUUCUACCGAAUGGUUACAACGCUCUAGUGAGUCAACUUUAUCAACGUCUGCUGGAACAAGGAGCUCAGCUGCCAAUGUUCGAUAAAUCUUAUUUCCUUUGGCUCAUUUCCUACUUUCUACCCAUCGCUUCCCAUCUAGAACUGGACAUCUUCAAGCACCUGAAAGACGUCGUUUGCGUUGACAUCAUUUCCUACUUGAUCUGGGAAUCCGCCAGCGAGUCGGAAGAAUUCGAAAUCAACUCGCUCAACUCCGCCGACUUGCAGCCGGGUCUGCGGCGGAUGCAACUCGGCGUGAAAGCCAUCCGCGAAUGCCUUCUGGCGCUGGAAGCGCGUUCUUCUUACGUGGGAAAAGCCGACGGAUCUUAUUGCCAAGAGCAAAUGAAUAUUUUCAAAUUUCGCGCUUCUUUGGCAAACGCCAACGAUCUCCGCCAACUGCCGUUGCUUCAACUCCGCCAAUUCGAUCCGGCAAUUCAGAAUAAAAAAUACCUGGGCGACGUCAUCACAACCAACCACGUCCUUUUGAAAACACUGGAACGGGCAGCCGGGCAGCCGUCGACGUACAAUUGCAACUUGGAUUUCGGCGGGCAUUUUGAACAAUUUUGCUCGAAGGUUAUCCUCAAUCGCUACGGAUUGGUCCUGAAUGAUUUCAGGACCAACGACCCGUUUUUGAACGAUUGCGUCUUCACGUUGUUGCGUCACGUUGGCGUCUACCGCGGUCGGGCCGACCUGUUGUGCGAUCCGGCCAUUUUGCGUCCGCUCGGCAAGAUAUGGGAAGAGGGAUUCAACGUUAGUUCAUUCCAUUGCCACUUCACUUGUUUAAAACCCAUUAUUAUGAUUUGUUUUUCAGAUUUGCCAAGAGUGGAAUGAUUUGAUUGAAUUAAUUGUCAACAAAUUCAUGCGCCAUUAUUAAGCCAAUGGCUGCCAGGCCAUGGAAUCGCCGGAUCGAGUGGUGACGUCAUCGGAGAAAGCGGAAACUCCCCAGGCUAAACCAGGAAACAUCUAUAACAAUCCUGCCUCAUCAUUACAACCUCGCAGCAAAAUUGAAUCACUCCGGGAUCAGCUCGUCAAAUCCGGAUUCCAGAAACAACUGGAUUGGAUCCAAUCGUGUCUAUUAACCUCAUGUUCGGCCCGUCUGGACACCUAUGCUGGCCAGGAAUUCCGCCAUGCCAUCAUUUGCCUCAGCUUGAAAAUGAACGUUCCGUGCCCGAUUGUUCCGUGGACGGAACUGGAAGACUCCGCCCUUCGUUCCCAGCAGUUUCUUCAUCUUCUCCACCGCGUCGGACUUUUCCCCGACUCCUACCAGCCAUCCCUCUAUCCGCGUAUUCCUCGACACUGGUCGGCCGACGUCCUCUACAGCGUCGCUCUCAUCUUCGGGCCCGUCCAUCAGCAGCGAAUCGAUUUCGACUUGUCCCGUGUCCGGCAAAUCAAAUUGAACAUUCCCCAUUCGGCCGUCGAUCUUCAAUCGGAUGGCCAGAUGUUCAAUACCCCCGCCAGCAAUCAUAGCGAUGAACCGG